CGAGUUGCUACUUGGCAUUUGACGUAUAAUAUCAUGUAAACAAGCUUACGGCUAUUCAUAUCUCGUCGUGAAUUCAAUAACAAAACGUACAAACGCCCGCUUAAAACGCCACAACCGAGAACAGUGAAAAUAUCUGGUCAAAAGAAAUAUUACCGUUUUGGUGGGAACAGUUUAUUGCAGAACUAUCAUUUAUUGCAUGUGGCAUACGUUUAAGAUAUCAUUAUAAGGGGGAAGCAUCUCGUCACUCUCUGGUGAACAAGAGUUGGAAACGGUUGUGUUUUUUAUCCAGUUUCUUGAAGAAUACUCUGGAUUAAUACCUUUGGUCUCUGCGCAUCGUUAAAGAACCUGAUAACCCAGCUAUAUACCUUUUAAAAGUCGUGUAGUACUAUCUGGCAAACAAGAACAAAAACUGCUGUGCUUUUAAAUUUGUUUUGCCCGUCGGAUUAGAGAAUAUUGUAGAGAAUUACGCGUACUGUACUAGUAACCAGGCGUUUGAGAUAUUUUUAACGAGAAUAAGUCCACUAUCUGCGAGGCAAUUGAAACGGUCGAAAUAUCAGACAAAGAUAUACCACCUACACGUUGGUGAUCUGCAUAUUUUGAGAACCGUAUUAAACUCUCAAAACUUUACAAAUCUGCUAUAUGCAUCUAACACUCAUCAUUUCUGGUAACGAAUCGUAACUGUUCUCGAAUAUUCAAAGAAGAAUUUCUCGACAACCUUGGUAAUCUAUAUAGUCUCAACAUGGCUGGCAAAAUGCAGUUGAAACUUUGGAACGCGUUGAACGAUAUCGAUGCGUCAUCGAUCACUGCAGAAAAUAUUCGCGCAUGGAUCUACGAGUUUCUCCACCUAUUUCUGAGCGCGCUGAUGGCCCAUGCGCUCACGGUUAAAAGAUGGUUUGUGUCAAAGCCCAUUGGGAGACGGCAGCGGAGGAAAGUGUCUGUAUUGACGGUGUAUUUUUUAAUCCAACUUGUUUUUUACGUUAAACUUAACGUCGACACUCAUAACACCCACGAACUCGACAGCGCACAAACUCCCGUGUUUCCUUGCGAACGAACGCCCGAAGAAGCGAAAGCAUUACGGGAGCUCUUUUACGAUGUCCGCGAAGUGUUAAACGAACUAGAAAUACACCAUUUUUUAAUGUACGGUUCGAUUUGGGGCGCGUACCGCAGCAAAGGUCCUCUUCCUUGGGACUACGAUAUCGACUUGGGUGUCCUUGGCGACGAGGCGUUCUCCAAAAUUCCGCGCGAAAAAUUCGUGAGAGCUUUCCAAGAACGCGGAAUUCGCGUCAAUGAUAAAAUGCACCAGGCAAGCGUAUUUUAUCUAAUCCGUGGGAAAUUUGCGCAGGUCGAUUUGGACGUGUUCUUCGAUUACAACGGCUGGAUGCAGCGGACUGGAUGGGUUCCUUGGGUCCUGUAUUACAACUACAAGUCGUAUCAUACGUUUCCCGCUUGGAUGGUGCAAGAACCCAUGCCCACAAUGCAAUUCUUUGACGUUCAAAUGCCCGUACCUCACGGUGGCAAGGAGAUUUUGAAAUAUUUGUACCCCAAAGAUUGGGAGACGCCCUUUACCCCGGCCGCAUGCCAGGGCAACGAUAUUACAUUAAAUACACAAACCGAACCCACAGAAAUAGACCGCUAAAUAGACUUUCUUAUAUAAAUGACGUUAACACGGAAAAACAGAAAACUGAUCAAAGCUGUUUUCUUCUUUAAAUAUUGAAAACCAUGAACCUCUCGUACUACUCUAAAUACUGUUGAGUAUUGUAUAACGAGUUAUUGAUAUGAUGUCCAAAGGGAGUCUAAAUUUAAAUAAGCCUGUUCAGUUUCAUCUUCCUUGUUGCUAGUAUAUUAAUCGUGAUUUCAGUGUUUAUUUAUUUAUUAUUUUUGUGUUGUUAAAUUAAUGUAUUUAAUUAACAGCAAAUCAAAUUCAUUAAACAUUAUAAACACUUAAUGCGAUGCCCCAAGAGCCACAAUUUUUAGCACCAAUUCGGAAUGCAAAUGAUGUUUCAAAUAAAAUAUAAAUUGCAUGGUUUUCCGUGCUUCACGUCAUUAUGAGAUAUACUAGGGCUAGGCAAAACUGAGAUUUUUAAAUUAGACCUGUCGAGCUGAAUUGACGAGUUGAUAUUUUGGAACAGUCCCUCAAUGUCACUAUUAAACAGGGUGUGUCAAAAAACGUGCGCGCAAAACGUUUUACAAUUUUAUGUUAGUAUGGGUAUAGCUUGUGGUACUGGUGUCUUAAUUCUGGUAUCUCUAUCACAAAGAAAAUUUUCGACUGCAGGGCAGUGGUGUCAAGUAACGAAAUAAAUAUAUUUCGUUACUGUACUUGCGUAGUAUUUUUGAGAAGUGAGAAUGUAACAAAGUAAACUUUUUCUGGAGUACUUUUACUUGGAACGAAGUCAUUUUAAGAAGUAACGUUUUACUUCGUUAUUUUCAUUUUGUGGCGAAGUAUUUCGUUACUUUCUAACUUUUGUUUGAUUUUACGUGAUUUAUUCCGGAUUUAUUUUAAUUUCGGGAUAGGUAGUAGGACCUCCACAUGCGUUUGGGAUUUCUCGUUUGUGACUUACUUAUAAGCAUUAUUUAUUUAAUGGAUUUCUUAGAUCUUCAACGGAGUCUGGAAAGUAGACAAUGCCGUGAAAUAUUAUGAAUAUGCGUGUGCUGUUUUGUGUCUUUUGUAUGUCAAUCCAUUGGAGAAGCCGCUCCCCCCUCCCCCCCCCCACCUACAGACAAUAGUACUUUUACUUUGUACUUCAAGUAUUUUUUAAGGAUACUAAUUUGUACUUUUUACUUGAAGUACUUUUGCCUCCUUUUUACUCUUACUCAAGUCGUUUUAUUGUUAAUUACUUCUACUUUUACCCGAGUACAAAUUCAAAGUAAUUUAGGCACCACUACUGCAGGGCUGUUUUUUAAAGCCACUUAAAAAUUGGCUUGCGCACAAAAAUGAUAUAGGUAAUCGGUUUGAAACGCAAUAGGAUGAUAAUUUAGGUGUUUAAGAAGUAUCAUAAUUUUUCUAGUAACAUAUGUCGAUGGUAUAUAAGCUUAAUAUAGGAAGGAUUUUUAUACUAAGAAGAUUGAAACUGAAUGUACAGCAUUACCUGUAUGAACUAUUUUAAUUGCAAUAUAGCGGUACAAUCAUUUUUAGAAAUAUUUUAUGGGUGAUUGAUCUCAAUUUGGGCUCAGCUUCUGUUCUUUCACUGACAAAC